GUUAUCAUUAUACAUGGUUCAUAAGACGCCAGUUCAGAUUGUAUCGACGUAUAAUUAGCUUUCUUAUUGAUAAAACAGUAUUCUAAUAACUUACGGCGCAUCACGCAAUAUGUUUUUGUGCUAUAUACAAUGUUACGUAACGAACCGGCGCAGAAGGUGUGUCUGUAGGUCCUGAGUUAUUGAUUAGUGCAGUGCAUUGUGCACAUGUCAAGCAACAGUUGAUAUAUCUGACAAUAAAAUGGCAGCUCAGUGCUUUAUAUCUGUGUAGAGAAGGUUUCAAAUCGAAACUAAUCAGUAUUUAUUAUAAUCUCAGUAUUGGUUCUUGAAAAAUACAUAGUUGAUUGUGUUUCAUACAUAAAAACCUUUUUAGUUUGUUUCAUAACAGUGUGAAGUAUAGUUUUCUGUGGUGUGCAAUAAUGCUUCCUUCAAUAUGAAGGAGAUUAUGAAGGAGAUGGUUGGUGGUUGCUGUGUGUGUUCCGACGAGCGUGGUUGGCCUGACAACCCGCUGGUCUACUGCGACGGCAAUGGAUGUUCGGUUGCAGUACACCAAGCCUGCUAUGGAAUCAUUGCUGUUCCGACCGGUCCCUGGUACUGCAGGAAGUGUGAGAGCCCUGAGACUAAAAGCAAAGUGAGAUGCGAGCUGUGCCCGUCUAAGUUGGGUGCGUUGAAGCGUACUGACACAGGUGGCUGGGCCCACGUCGUAUGCGCUCUCUACAUACCAGAGGUGCGUUUCGGGAACGUGACUUCUAUGGAGCCGAUUGUCCUGCGACUCAUUCCCACCGAGAGAUAUAAUAAGACUUGCUACAUCUGCCAGGAUCUUGGCAAAACUCAUCGCGCCAACGCAGGCGCCUGCAUGCAAUGCAACAAAUCUGGUUGUAAACAGCAGUUCCACGUCACCUGCGCCCAGUCCCUCGGCCUGUUGUGCGAGGAGGCCGGCAACUACCUGGACAACGUGAAAUACUGCGGUUACUGCCAACAUCACUACAGCAAACUGAAAAAAGGCGGUAACGUGAAGACCAUCCCGCCGUACAAGCCGGUCAGUCACGAUAGCCGCAGCGACUCGAGCGAGAGGGAGGGGGAGCCGCCGACGACGCACUGCAAGCGAGGGCCCGGCCGGAAGUCGUCUCACUCCAGCGGCGGCGCGUCCGGGAAGAACACGCCCAACUCGUCCAAGACGCCUACGAACACAUCUCAACCGAUGGAGACCUGCCAGGACGCAGAGCCGUCGGCGAGGAAACAUAAGAGCUGCGAUAAAAACAAGAAGAAGCCUUCACCGUCUCGUCGAGGAUCUGUGGCUGAGAGCGGCAGCAAGACCAAUACACCAGCCCCCUCACCCUCGCCGCAACACAUACAGGAGACACACACUAAAGGAGGUUGUUCUACGCCCAUCAACACCGCUAAGAUCCCCUUGCCGCCGGAGUCUCCUGGCAAGGAAGGCAUCAUCAGCUCAGCGGCCAUAGCAUCUAUACCCAUACCCCCGAGCACUUCAACAACGACUGUCGUGCAACCUACCAAGCCGUACGAGUCCGUCAUCACCAACACGGAGACGGCUGAUGCUAAACAGACCAAGAAAAGGAAGGCUGUUCAAGGUUCGCAGUCGGCCGUGGACUAUGCAUCAUCACCGACGCCCGUGGAGGUCGCGAACCAGAUCGGGAACAACACUUGGGAACAACAGACCAGCCACGCAACUAGCGACACUAAUGUGGAAGUAGAGAAGAUUAUUAAAAAGGCUAAAACUGAAGGUAUGGACGGCGGGUCAUCGUCAGCUGGUCACUACACCAGCGUGAGCCCGGCUCCGCCGCCGCCGCCGCCGCCCGCCCACAGCCCGGCGUCACACACCUCGUUACAGAGCCCUAGACAUCUCCCCAGUCCGAUGCCAGGGCCGAGCGGGAUCAACCAGGCUCCCAACAUCAGAUCGCCUUCGCAGCACCAGAUGAAGGAGCGCGAGCCGCCGGCGUCGCUACUGGUCUCCGUGCCGCUGCCUUCAGCCAGCCACGGCCUGAACCUGUCCGCGCACGCGCACGCCCUCAUGCACGCACAGAUCCCGCUGCCGUCUCCAAUGCCAGAGAUGGGGCAUAUCUUCCAUCAGACCCACAAGCAGGUGGCGAUGGAGUCGGGGCUGAGUCACUCACCCCACGCUCGGUCCUGGGGCGGUCUGAACGUCUCCUACGAACUACAGGAUCCAAACAAACCCGGUGUGAGCGGUAUAGCUGGGCCCAGCAAGGAGGCGCUCGUCGGCGCCAACAUGGCCAAUAUGGCCAAUAUGGCCAACAUGGCUAAUAUGGCGAACAUGGCAAACAUGGCGAAUAUGGGCAUACCGCCAGCCUUACGGAACAAGAAGAGAGCAGCACUAGCCACGUCCACGGCGAACACCCCGCCGCCACCGCCGAUGCAGUCAACCGCAGCUCAGAACCUGAGCGGGAUGCGGAGGGGACCCCAGCCGACCCCGCCGCCCGUGUAUCACGAGGCAAUCAAAGACUCUCCUCCGAGCUCGCCCGGCUCCGAGAGACCGCUGAAACCUAAAUUGGAACACAAGUUGGGUGUGAACUGCUCGGCUCCUCAUAUGCUCGGUAACGAGCUGAACCCGGAGAGCGGAGCGGCGGCUCGUCUCCAGGAGCAGCUGACGGCCGAGCUGGCUGCCCACGCGGCCGGCGCCGUCAAUUCAGCUGACACGCCCAUACCGCCGCCCCUCAUCAACAAGGCCGCUCCGAGAUCCGGUGCUCAAAGCCUGGAUCAGCUCCUCGAGCGACAAUGGGAACAGGGCUCGCAGUUCCUCAUGGAACAAGCACAGCACUUCGACAUAGCGUCGCUGUUGUCCUGCCUGCACCAGCUGCGGACGGAGAACGUCCGCCUGGAGGAGCACGUCGGCAAUCUCCUGCAGAGGAGGGACCACCUGCUGGCCGUGAACGCACGCCUCGCUAUACCACUAGCUGACGUUAAUAAACAGAACAUGGUGAGUGGACCCGGCGAGCCAGUCAGAUGCGCUCGCGAGAACGGAUCAGGCCUGAGGGCUCCUUCCGUCCCGGGACGACCAGCUGACAAUGUAGCCUGCGAUCGACAUCAGCUGAUGAUGCGCGAGAUGCAGCAGAAGCCCAGCUGAAAUACAGCGUACGGCGGGGGGGGGUCCGUCAGCCGGCGAGGCGGCGAGUACGGCGACCUGGCCGACACCGACAUGGUCGACGUGGAGAAUGUGAGCGAUAUGGACUAUGUGGACCGUGCUUACCGGCCGGGUGGUGGGGUGCUGGGGCCGGGAGAGGUGAGGUGGGCUCACGGAUACGCCCUGCCCGGGGAGCCCGGCCCGAGCGGGCUGGCGGCGGGCGCUGUAGUCCCCGCGGCGGGGCGACUCGGCGGCCCCGACGAGAACGGACACGGAGCCCUGCGGACGGUCAGGGCCUUCAUAGUACUGGAGCAGCGAAGGCGAGCCAGGAGCGACUUCUCCAUCGACGCCAUACUGGCGGCUGACUACUGAACACCAUCAUCGUUACGUUGUUAUUAAUUCAUAGUUAUCAUAGGACACUGGUUCUCAUUAUUGUUUUGUACUAUAUAGUUACGAGCACACAUUGAUUAGUACGUAAGAUGUAACACGCAUAUAUACGUGCACCACCCGGACGUGACCCACGCGUGUCCAGUACACGAACACCGGACCUUACACUCUAUCUAUACAGGACGUGACGCAACACGCUCACCGGAUGUAACUGACAAUGACAUGUGUGACGCACACAUACAUAUAUUGAAAUGUAUCUACAUGUGUGUGAUCCUUGGGCUAAAUGUUUGUAGGAAUUAAGUCGAAAACAGAAUCUGACGUUAAAACUGUCUGUAUGUAAGUAAUAUGUCUGUACACCGAAUGUUCUAAACAGUUGUAACGGCCGGCGGUCUAGAUGUUGUAGUUGUUGAGUUAUACGAGUAUAUAGAUGGACAUGUACGUAGAUGUAGUAUCCGUGUCUCAUAAUAUUUUAAUAGUCAUAAUCAGCCAUUGCUUGCUCUCGUGUGCCUGCAAUGAACAUAAGAGUGUAGAGUCGUCUCUGUGUAUGUUUAAAUGUUAACAACAGUUGUUGAUUAAGUCUUCAUUAUUUAUUCGACGGACUCUUCCUCAGCCUGUGUGUUAAUCAGUAUUUAAUGUUGUAAAGACAACGCCGGCUCGGCGACGGUCACAUUGUCUCUCCAGUACACAUCAGAUAUAUGGAUAGUCAUGUAUUUAUCAGGUAUCUCCGUGCCCGCACGUCUGCCCCUCUGCCCGUCUGUCCGUCUGUGUCGAAGCCCUAACUGUUAUGACACGCUAGUUAAGUGAUAUCAGACAGUUGUAGUUGCAACAUUUUUAAUAUAGUCUGUACUUUAUGAAUAUUAAAGAUCUCCCCCCCUUUCCCUCCCACUCCCCCACCCUCUCUCCAGCUAUAAGUCUCAACCUCUGUGUAAAUUAAAUUGUUGUAAUAUACACGUAUGUAUACGUAUAAUACAACGCACUGUCCCGUCUGAGUGACCCUUCUAAGGUUCCGUAUAGCUUAUGGCUUGUAAUAUUUCGGUGGCACGUCUUCGUGUGUCGACAACCAAAACACUGUAGUGAUGCUAAUAAACGUUAUAAAUGUCGUAAAA